GAAAUCAAUAUUGCAGUAAACAUUGCAAUAGAGCUGUCAACAUGCCUCGCCGCGUGUCGAAGUCCGAGCUCCCGAAUGGCAAGCCGGCUGCGGAUGAGUCUGAGGAUGGCGAUGUAGCCGAGUUCAUGCGCCAGGAAGCCGCGUACCGUAAGGAGUUCGAACCCGUGGCGCCGUGGAAGCGCGACGACAUCCCGGACUACGGACCGCUGCAAGACCGUCAGCACGUGCUCAUCUUCGGUGCCGUGGGCGUGGUCUGCACCGUUCUAUACGAAGCCACCGACUAUUUCGACCAGAUCCACCGGUGGCUGGCCUACAUGGCUAUCUGGUUCCCGCUGUGGUUCCGUCUUCUCAGCCGUGUAUCACCCGCGCCGACCGACGACGAGCUGGACGCUCGGGAACGUCGUGAGUUCGAGCAGGAAUUGCAACGAAUUAUCGACGAGAAGGACGAGGUCGAUGACUGAAUGCGUCGAAUUAAAUGGGAAGAUAAAACUGCAACGAAAAAUGCGUAUAAAACACCUCAUUCGAUGUUCGUAGCUCUCAGGUCUCUACAAAGUCCACGGGUUUGGCUUGCUCUACUUGCGGAACCAGCCGAAGAAGCCGCCGCCACUCUCGUUGCCUGUAGUUGCGGCCUCGGCAGCCUUCUCCGCGUCUGUCUUGGUGCGCUCCGUCAGGUCCGGGAACUCCAGCUCGUUGAACGCCAUGUCGAACAGCAGCGGCU